UUCAUCGUUCUCGCGGAGCUAUCUCCGAAUCGUCGAGGCUGACAAAGAGCCUUCCGAGGUUCCCGAAAGAGCUUCAGGUCGUCAUAAGCUGACGAUCUCGAUAACUACGAUUGCGAUCUUUGUGGUACAGCCUCGCUGUGCGACAGAAUACCAUUCCGAUUUGGCUGACGACGACAAAGUUGGAUUGAAGGCAAGAACUACUGUGAUAUCUAUUAGAUUUACAGGUCCAUCUCGUACAAUGAACAUCUCUUAUCCUCCGAUGCCAGUCGCCAGCUUGCCACCCGUGGUCGAGCAGCUAGGCCAUGACUUUGUGAAAGCUGCUGCUUUCCUCCUUAUUCCCACGGAACUCUUAUACUUCUCUGUAUACUUCCACACGAAGGGCUACUACAAAGUCUACCGAAACUUGACUUUCCUCUCAAUCGCAGCUUUUUGGAUUGCUCCGUAUGCAGCCCCAAUAUCCUGCGGGCCUGCAAGAUGUUUGCAGAAUUUCGCAAUUGCAAUUGGUACAAUGAAGCUCUUGGACAUUUGGGCGCGCAGACAAAAUCUUCCUACUUACACAGCUGGGAGGAGACCGCCGGAUUGGAAAUUCGCCCUCAUAGUUCUUACAGAACUCCGAUACGAAUCCUUCACUCCCAAUCAUAUCAGGGUGCCAAAGAGCCAAGAAAAUUUCAAUGAGCCUCUGCAACUUGGAAUUCACACACUUGCCUUUGCUUUCCUGCAAGCGUUUCCUCAGAACAUUCCGACGAUUCUCGCAUGGGAAGUCAUGCUAGCGAUAUAUAUUAUCUGGACAAGCAUUCAAUUGACCGUCCGAUACAAGAGUAGUCCAGCGUUGUUUGGGCCGCUGUACUUGGCAGAUAGUCUGACUGGGUUUUGGUCCGAGACAUGGCACAAUGCGUUCGCCUCGCCCUGUACUUCUUUAGCAUAUGCGCCUUUGAGAUAUGGACUUCCGAAAUACGGAAUGCCUGUUGUGAUAGCACGCUCUUUGGGUGUUCUUGGCGCGUUCACACUUAUGGCUCUGUUCCACAUGUAUGCCUUAUACCCAAUUCUGGAUAGAGAAGGGCUGUAUCGCAUUGGGGCCUUCUUCCUUAUCAAUGGUUUGGCCACCGUCGCUGAAGCUGCUGUAUGGGGACACAAGAAACAUUGGACGAAAGCCGCGUUGGCUUGGGGUUUUCAGACGACUCUGGCGACUUGGACGGCGUCUGGCUUGGACAUUCCAAACGGCUUGUCGAGAAUUCGAUGGAAUGAGUUGUGUGAUGCCUCGUAUUGAUGACGGAAAAGGAGAUAGUGGUAGUGCUUGAAGGAUUUUGAGAUACCCUCCUGUUCGCAGGCACGUUUUAACGAAUAAAAUUAUUUCUGACCUCAGAUAUGCUCAAAAUGUGCCUCGGAGAAGUGUGAAUGAGUGCUCGAGUGAAUAAAUUGUGUGAAGAUAUCUCAUUGUCCUAGAGUAGUGAUGCCAGGAUUUAGAUAUUAGACUGUCAAAAAUGUACUGGGCUAUCGAAGCAGGGUGGAGGGGAGGCUG